AUUAUAAUGACAAUUCACUGUGUUCUGUAUCAUGUCAGUUGGACAACAUGUCUAAGUCACACAAAGCGAUGGGUGAUGGGGAAUGGCUAGCACGCCUGCAGAGGUUUGCCAGCUCAGGAGUGUGGCCUUCUGGAGAGGGCAACAGACCUGCUCCUCGACAGAAGAGGUGGCACAAACUAUACCAGAAGAUAGAAGAGUGCCCGCUUCAGUCGAAGGGGCAGGCCAGUCUUUGGGGGAAAUAUCACCCCUGCACGUGUGGAUUUCACAAGGGUCAUCCACCAGCCAAAGUGGACGCCGCAGCCAGCACCAGUGCUGUGGGUGCCACCUCCAGCACUAUUGCAGUGAGCGCCAGCACCAGUGCAGAGGACGUAACCCACAGCACUAGCACAACAGGUGACAUCCUCACCAGGCUGGAGGACAUCAAGGCAGCCCUCACCUCCACUUAUGGGUCAACUUUAAAAAUGGAUUCCACCAAAAAGAUCACAAAGAAAUUGAGUGGGCCAGCGAAGGGGACGGCCCAGUGGCUGACGUCCGUGGGCAAUGAAAUCGGUCAGGUACUGAUUAGUGUCCUGACAGCAGACGAAGGCGGUGGAAUAGAUGCGAUGACAGCGGGGUUGGUGGAGCGAUACAGGAGGGCAGGUGUUGCUCCUCCGACUCUGCUGUAUGUGGACUCCCACUGCUGCAAGGAGGCGGGAGACACGAAGCUGAAGCAGAGGUUUAGUGGCUGGCCAAAUUUAAUUAUCCGCCUUGACAUCUGGCACUUCAUCCGACGUCUGGCUGGAGGGGUCACAACGGAUGCCCACCAGCUGUAUCCCAUCUUUAUGGCGAGGCUGUCGGCGUGCAUUUUUGAAUGGGACGCUGGGGACCUUGCCCAACUGCGAAGGGCCAAAAGGGAGCAGUUGACCCAAGAAGGCUGGCCUGUUCUGAUGGAUGCAGAAGUGGACAAGCACAUCUCCAAGGCAGAGCUGGCACUACACUGUAAGAGAAGGACACGAGGGACAGACAACACCAUCAGCCUCGUGGACAUGCUCACAGAAGAGCUUAUUGGGGACAAGGGCAAAGACUCCAUGGGUGUUCCGCUCUUCGACACUGUGCGGAUGAUGCACUUGUGGCGGGUCCAGAAGCGACAUGUUGGCUGCAUUCAGGACCCCCCAAAUGUAGAGCUCUACACAGAAACGGGGACGGUCACCAAGGGUGGAAUUGCCCUGAAAACCUAUAGGUGUGCCAGGGGCUCAACGUCGCUGGAGUCCUUUCACUGCCACCUGGCCAGAUUUAUUCCAGGGAACAGCGCCAACAGUUUAAAUUUUCAGAUCUAUCUGUUGGAAGGUAUAUUCCGCUGGAAUAAAGACCGUGCUGCAGCUGCUCUUGCAGGUGGUGGAAAUUCACCCCUGCGGACCUACACAGGGGAGCUGGUGUAUGCCGUGAACACCAACUACACCGCGUUGUUUGGCAGGAAAUUGGUCCCCCAAUUUUCUCCCCCUGCUGUACACACAGGGGAGCUUAUUGGAGUCCAAUACCUGUUGAGGCAGAGUAAACAGCCCCUGGAGGACAUGACCCCUGGCUCAGACAGGACCUCAGAGUUGCUGGAGGACCUUGAUAUAGAGGAACAAGGGGAAGAGGAUGAAGGCUUUGUGGAUACCUUGGGAGAGGAGGCCAUUGUUGAAAGUUUAGUGCCACCAGUAGCGCCUGAUGCUGCCCAGCCGCCCUCUGCUCCACCUCUGGUUAGCACCCAGCUGCCCUCUGCCCAGGGUCCACCUGCUCCAGUGAUGCUGCCCGCUGCCCAGCUGCCCUCUGCCCAGGGUCCACCUGUUCCAGUGAUGCUGCCCUCUGCCCAGCUGCCCUCUGCCCAGGGUCCACCUGCUCCAGUGCUACCUGCUGCCCUCUGCCCAGGGUCCACCUGCUCCAGUGAUGCUGCCCUCUGCCCAGCUGCCCUCUGCCCAGGGUCCACCUGCUCCAGUGAUGCUGCCCGCUGCCCAGCUGCCCUCUGCCCAGGGUCCACCUGCUCCAGUGAUGCUGCCCUCUGCCCAGGGUCCACCUGCUCCUGUGCUGCCUGCUGCCCAGCUGCCCUCUGCCCAGGGUCCACCUGUUCCAGUGAUGCUGCCCUCUGCCCGCUGCCCUCUGCCCAGGGUCCACCUGUUCCAGUGAUGCUGCCCUCUGCCCGCUGCCCAGCUGCCCUCUGCCCAGGGUCCACCUGCUCCAGUGAUGCUGCCCUCUGCCCAGGGUCCACCUGCUCCAGUAAUGCUGCCUGCUGCCCAGCUGCCCUCUGCCCAGGGUCCACCUGCUCCAGUGAUGCUGCCCUCUGCCCAGGGUCCACCUGCUCCAGUGCUGCCUGCUGCCUGCUGCCCAGCUGCUCUCUGCCCAGGGUCCACCUGGCCAUGUGCCCUCAGCAACGUGACUCCAAGAAGGCCGGAUACCUGAUUCCUGCCACAUCCACAUCAACCUCUGACCCCCAACCCUCUCCAGCUCUCCGGCCCAUCAUCCAGCCCUCCUCUUCCUUCUUCCUUCCCCCAGCAACAGACACCACAACAAUGCUGCAGCAUGACCAGAAGUGGGUGGCUGAAGCCGUGUUUCGGGGGAAUAGCAAAGGCAAGCUGGAGCUGAAGGACAGUCUACAGCUGUGGUACCACCCCCCACCUCCAACUGUCUUAUACCAUCAGGCUCCCACUCCAGACAGGUUCUUCUCCCACCGGCUCCUGGUCUGGAUGCCCUAUAGGCUGUGGAAGCUACGCCUCCAGUGCACCAGCCCUGCCUGUGCCGGACAUCAGUUGUGUGGUGGUGGACUGCACAGGAGGGUGCGGCAAGUGCUGGACAUCGACAACCACUACAAUAUGGUCAGAGACCCUUAUCUGCACCAGGUGUAG